AUGGGUCAAAAAAAUUCUACAAGUACUAGUGAAAUUAGCGUAAUAGACGGCGAUGAUGGUUCCUCAUCAAAAACUGAAGAUGUCUCAUCUCGCACAAUCGAUGACGAUUCACAACGUGAGAAAUGUCCUGCUCUUUGUCCAGCGUAUCGAGAAAUAGUCUUGGAAUGCUAUGAUAAGGCUCACGGUGAUACGGCGGGUAGAAUUGUGAUGCGAAUGGCACAACAACGAGAUGACUUCAGAGCGUUUAUGGAUUCGUUGACGGCUACACAACGGGAAAUCUUAAUUGAGAAGUUGAGAAAUUAUUUGAAUGACGUCGUUCAAAACAUUGAUAAUGCUGAUGAGGUGAAAGAAUUAUCGACAUGUUAUGGGUCGUUUUUUGUGAAAUGGAAAACGAUUGGCUUCAAACCAGAUUUCUUUGCUGUUUCUGCGUCUGCAAUUGCCACUGAAUGCGUUUUCUUGGGUGGAACGGCAACUGCAACAGCACCAACCAGCACGUUUAGGGUACGUUCCUGA